AUGGCAAGCCUCAAGAUACUACUUGUGGGCUGUUUUCUUGCCUUUGCCAAGCUGUCGGCUACUUUGGAUCGAGUUGUCACCAACGGCCGAUUCCUAGUCAACAACGUAACCGGAGGUCAGAUUAUUCUGAACGGUGUAGCAUACUCAACAACAAACUUUACAGGUUCAGAUAAGGCUAAGCGCGACAGUCUCCAAAAUGCCGAGGCUUGUAGACGUGAUGCUGCCUUGAUGCAACUACUUGGGAUCAAUCUAAUUGUUGUUGAUGGCGAGCUGGACCUCAAUAUUGACCAUGACGAAUGCUUCUCCAUUUUCAAUGCAGUACAGAUAUACAUACUACUAAAUAUACAGUAUGACUUCGUUUGGAAUCCACUCAAAGAUCCAGGAUCCAGCUACGCUGGUGAUCGUCCGCGGGAAAUUUUCCAAAUGAUAGAUGCGGUGAAGAAUUACGAUAAUUUCCUUGGGCUCAUGGUUGGAAUGUAUCCGGAACCCGAAUAUUUCCCACCUUUUGGCAACGAUAUCGAUCAAUAUGUUGAUGCUGCCAAAAUUCUCCGAGUCUUUGUUCGCGACGUGAAAGAAUACGCCAUAAAAAAUAGCGCACGGCCAGUUAUUGUAGGAGCUAUGUUAAAUCGCGCCGUAGAUCAAGAUUUUUGGCCUGAUGUCUUAAUGUGGCUGUCUUGUAACGUUGUCAGCGAAUCUGCGCCUUCAGCGAUUGACUUCUUGUACCUUGCGACUGGCACUACGCAGUUUCUUAACACAACAUACUCAGUAAACCGCAUCGUGAAGCUAGGACAUUUUCUCAACCAGACUGAUUACGAAACUCCUACGUUAGCCCGCUACAAAACAUACAAAACAAACACCAACAUCACUUCCGUAUACUAUAAUGAUAAUCAGACUAUCACGCAUGAUAAUGAUAUAUUCUUUGGCGGUAAUGGGCUAUUCCGUUAUCCGCUAGACGAUCCAUUUAUGGGACUCAUAAGGGAUCAAUGGGCAAAUGUUCUUAUCAAUGCCGAUUACGAACCGGCGAACUUGAUCACGAUCGACGUGGAUGACAAUGUGCAAUUGACAUGGAGAUUUGACACUGUCAAUAAUAUCCUUAGAAAUACCAAUACAGAGGCGCUCAUUGAUGAAAGUCGUCCCCGAGAGCAAUACAUACAGCCACGUCUGAGUUGCGCAAGCGACCUAAUCAAGAACAAAACUACGACUAUUUCCGGGGCUACAUACAGUCUUCCUGCAGAUUGGGAACUACCAACGCGACCUCCCCAAGUUGAUGAUCUUAUAACAAAGGGUGCAAGCGGAAAAGUUGGAAAAAUGGUAGACGUUACAGUGACUACUAUCAAACAGCAGAUACGAGACAGCAACGGCAAGAUUACCAAUGUUUUACUCAGACCCACUCCAAGUAAAGCUAGGACUACGGAUCCAUCUACACCACCAUCCAUACCAAGUACAUCGUCGUUAAGUACAGCCUCAAAAGCAGGAAUUGGGGCGGGUAGUGCUAUUGGGGCGCUGGUCAUUAUAGGCAUGGCUUUAUUUGUAUAUUGGCGUCGAAAUCGUCAGAUUACUUCUGCCUCAUCUACAGAAGCAAAUGCUAAAGCCGCAACUGAAGAAAAUUUAUUCUUCAAACCAGAGCUUCCCUUAAAUAAUGUGGUUGAGAAGGGAGGUGAUACGCCAGCUGAGCUGUCCCAGUCUCUAUUACAACAACAACCCCCUCAAGAACUACCCGGAAUCCAACUGGGAACUGAUGAAGUCGAGGAAUGUGUUCCGGUUGUUGAGUUACCGGGGAAAGAUACACGUGGACCACAGGAAUUGGCGGGUGAUGGCGCUACGGACCUGAAUAAUGUGAAGAGGGAGCCAGACGAAAGAAAGAUUAUGAGUGAGAAGCUUACAUGCAGGAGGUUGGUGCAGAUGGAAGAGAAUAAGGAGAUGAAUAAGGAACACGAGUGA